AUGAGCCACACCGGAAGUAAUUCAUUUAAUAUGGAAUGCAUUAAUUUAUCAAUACCAAAUAGUGAUAACGAAACUAUAAAUAGUAGUGACUUCCUUGGUUUUAUAGAACCGGCCAGAGAAAAUAACAUCAGGAAAAAGCAACUGGUUUUCGUGUGUUCGUUUAAAUUGGGGUCACCUUAUUCUAUACAGGAGAUCAUUCGAGUGGAUGAAAAUUCCGCAUGCAUUCUCGUAAACUCGGACUCGUUAGACUCGUUACCAAAAUGUGUUAGGGUAGAAAAGAGCCCGGAUAAUAAAUUUGUUAAAGUUGGUCAUGACACGGUACUGCCAGUAUCUGACAUAGACGGGGUCAUUCUCAGGGGCGACCAAUCUCUCAUCUUUAGUGAUUGGAACACUUCAGCUAUCAAAUUAAUGGCCGGUGAAGCCGUGACAACACUUGUUUCAACAGAGCCCCUCCAUCCCUACGGUCUGUGUGCAGCCAUAAACGAAGGAUUUUUCGUGUGCUUGAAUGAACACGAUCCUACUGACGAAGUCAACAAGAAAACUUUCAAGAGCAGACGAAGCGUGACCAGAUACUCAGAUGACGGACAACUGAUCAUGUCAUAUGAUCCUUUGGGGCCGGGAGGAGAACACUUAUUUCAAUGUCCAAUUGGUGUCGUCCAAGGCAAGGAUGGAGAUAUCUUGGUUAUUGACCGAGAAAACAAAGACAAAGGCCGUGUGUACGAUUUUUCUUUUGCGUUCGAGUUUCGAUUCAAAUACGAUGGAAUCGAUAAAUUUGAUACUUUUGACCCCUUGAAGACAUGUUUCGACUCAGAAGGAAGCGUUCUUAUUACGGAUUUUGUUAACAACUGUAUCCAUAUGUUGGACUCUCAGGGACUGUUCCUGCAGCUGUUUUUGGCCGAUGAUGAUUCGAUCUCACACCCUUGGAGCCUGGUAGCAUUUGGUCACAAAUUAUGGUUAAGUCAUGAUACAAACAAAGUUACGGUGUAUGAAUAUGCAACAAGCUAA